AUGCAACUUGGAGCAGAAGACACAAGCUCCAUAGAACUCCUCUGCAGUCUAGCCGCCGUCGAUACAGAAACUGCGCGUCGGGUCUUCCACAAACAUGGCGGGGACAUGAACAAGGCUGCGGAAGCGCUGUUGGGGGGAGAUAAAGGCGAAGACCACUGGUCGACCCAAGUUCAACGCCAUAACACCCCGGAGAGCAGCUAUUACGAAAAUGCACCAGGACCUCCGAUACAAGUUACACCUGCGCCAGCUGGAUCCGAGAUUGACUUGACGGGAGAAUCGGACCCGUAUCAGACGAUUCCUGCAGCUAGUUUUGGUCCGAGUAACAGGGCUCCAGAUCCAAAUUGGCAAAUGGUGCCAUCCAACCUUGCAGUAUCAUCCACACCCGCUGGGAUCAGCCAAGAAGACCAGAGUUUGAACGACGCAAUAGCAGCAAGCUUGAACGAUUUCAAGUCCGAGGAGAAAGACACAUUUGAACUGACUCAGCAUGUUCGUGAAGGGGGACGGCCUGUCGCGCUGCGACCUGAAUCUCCUUCAUUGGCCUGCGCCGCACUAGUGGUUCAAGCACUAUACCAUGUCCCUCAAGUGCGAGCAGCCGUUGCGCAAAUCGGUUUACCUGACGUACCCUCGGACGUCGCUCUCAGCCAUUCUGUUCGUGCUGUCUGGAACUUGGUCGAGCUCUUUACGAACAUGGACUUGGCGCAACUGGCUGUUAUUGUCGACGUGGAGGUGUUACCAUCCCUCGUGAAGGAGGAAGAGAUGGAGAAGACGGGAGAUAAUCCUUCAGACCGUGCGGCUGCCAUGCUGAAUAACCUUGGCGGUACACUGGAAGAAUACCUCUCUGCCCGGACUGAAUUAAUCCCCCUCUUUAACUUCACCCAUGUCAACGUCGAGCUCAUUAACCGCCUCCCUCGGAAGGUCAGCCGAACAACAAUUGGUGGGAUAGUCAAGAUCGAAUUCGAUGGAACCGAGAACGAUUUGAUUCAACGGCUUUCCUCCAUCCUCUCCCGCUAUGAAGAGGGGAAAUCGUCACACGACGUUAUAGUCGACCCCUCGCAAAUGCUUGCAUUUAAUCUUUCUCGACAUGUCGCCUCGACCGGAACUACACAACGAAAGGCGGAUGCCGUCCCACUGAACUAUCCUAAGACAUUCUAUCUGGAUAGGUUCAUGUUCCGAAACCUCGAACUGGCGAAUCGAAAGAAGGCGCAGGAACAACAAUACCAACGGGAGAUCCAAGAUCUGACGAGUCAGAGGGAGGCGCUUACCACGUUCGAUGGCCGGGACGCGAUACAAGAUUUGAAAAACUCGAUCUACUACUACGAGAAAGUAGCCCACGCGAAUGGCGACCAAGCGCGGCAGCAAACCUUGGACUAUACCGUAAAUCAGCUGAAGGACGUCUUGACCAUGGUUGAAAGCAAGGUAGAGGGUAUUGAUCGCAGGAUACAAGAGCUAGAAGCGCUAGCUGCGGAUGUGUACAAUGUCCCUGAACUCCAGCAGUUCCGAUAUGACCUUCGCGCUGUCCUGAUGCAUACCGGUCUGCCUGGAAGAAAGCAAAUGUACUCCUAUGUCCAGGACGUGGAGGGCGUAUGGUGGAAGACUUGUGACUACGAGGUCACAGAGGUCACUGAAGAAACGGUCCUCACGGACCCAGCAGGGCUACACCUGUCAGCCGGACCUUUCCUCUUACUUUACAGCAUGCAUCUAUCAGACGAAGAGCUGCGACGCCCAGUUCAGUGGCCUGAAAUCUUCGCGAAACCAACUGAAGAAAAUAACCGCAAGUUCCUGUCGAUGCUUCCCCCAGAGAUCGCGAGCAAGGCCAAGAAGCGUCGCUCACUACCCAUACCGCCCACUACACCUCGCUCGACUACUCCAUCCAGGACGGGCCAGUACCUUUCGCCACAGCGGUCGGCGACUCUGGGGCCGCGUCCGAGUCCCGUUAGUCGAUCCAAUUCCAAGGUUUCCGAGACGAUGACAGUGGAUUAGUGGAGCACCCCUCGAUUUUUUGUACUAUGAUAUUGGACUUUGCUGUAUUACACGACACAUGUAUAAUCACGAUAUGUACAAUACUACCGCCUUGG